AUGUGUGCCGAAUUCGAGGAGACUAUUUGGGAGCCUAACCUCUACAAUUCUUCACAGGCUGCAAUUUUCUUUCCUGAAGAUCCAGGUAAAGGCUAUUCACCUAUUUAUGGCACAUGGGGAGGUUACGACCCUGAUGAUGACUCGAGUGUGUUCAUUGAACGGAAAGGCUUCUGCAAAGAUGCAUACACUUUAAGCCAUGAUAUCUGUUCUGCCGCGGGACGGACCAGUCUCCUUCUCUGGGCCAGUACAAUAUGCAAUCCUACAGUUGAGUUUGGCUGGCCAAAGGAUUGGCGAGAUACUCUGCUUGUGUCCAAUACGACCAUUGUCAAAAGCAGCACCUUUAUACCCCCUACAGCACCGGGACCCAACCAUUGCUCCAUCAUAGUGAACAACACGAUACAUCGGUGCACUUCUGACGUGUGCAUUGUUGAGAGAAACAACUGUACUGAGAUCAACAGUGCUGUUGAUAAGAGGUGCUUUUGCAAAGGAAUGGAUCUUCAGAACAAGUGCAAUGCGACGGCGAUUGAAAGGACGGAAUUAAAUCUCUGGCUCAAUAAGACCUGCGAGGAUAUCCCUGAGUACCCCGGACUGCCAAAUGGAUGGGAAGAUGGUUUGAUGUUGAUGAACACCAGCUAUCAGGACCAAAGCGACUUUAGUUGGCCCUCAUGUCUCGAGGCAAAUGGUUGCUUCGACGUCCUGAAUAGGACGGAACAGGACUGCAGCACAUUUCUUUGUGAUUUGGAUCCUAGAGGAGGUAACUGCUCAGCCACGACGGUGGGAUUCAAGGCUUCUUGUUUCUGCCGCCCAGUCGGUUAUGAGACCACCUGCAAAGGAAAUUGCAAGCUUUCUUGGGAACGGGAAGGGUACCUCAAGUGGCUGAAUUCGACCUGCAGCUCAGUCGCCGAUUGGAAUGGAUUGCCCCGUAACUGGCUCACAUUGCUUCGUGUUCAAGACGAUGAACUACUGCCAUGGAACUGGCGCAUCCAGAUCACGCCGACCAAAGCACUUGACGCUACAGAACCCCUCCCGCCUAGAGAAUGCCCGUCGACAGCGAGCAGUCUGGUGGCGUUCGCAGCCGUAAAUGCUGCCAUGGCCUUGCUGGUGCCUGUCUUUGGCCGACGCGAUGUCAUGAAAAAGUUGACCCGGGGUCGAUGUGGCCACCGUGGCUCGCGCAUGUGGCUUCUGACCGGACCGGCUACCGUGAUGCUCCACGUUACAAGUAAUGUUAUCGGGGCAUAUAUCAUUAAAUCUACACCAGGAUACAGUGCUGUUCAAGUCGGGCAACUCGUUCUGUUGUGGUGUACCCGUCCGAGAAUUACAUGGAUGAUCAUCGCCCUCAUCCCCUGGCAGGCAGAAGAUGCCAUCUAUUUUUCGGUUGCGAGCUCGACUCUCUUGGCCGAAGUCAUAUUACAAGCGUUAGGGGCAUACUAUAUGGGGGUUGCCACCAACUAUGCGCGUGUGCAAAAGUUCUACCAGGUCGGACGACUUCAGCAGGCUCCGCGAGGCAAAGACGCAGCAGUCAUGUAUGCAGGGUCGAUCAUGUGGCUCAGUGUCAUGUUCAUCGCUGUCGCAACGUGCCUCUGGUCCAUGCUUGGCAUGAGCAACUAUGUUGCUGCCGUGGCUUUUACCAUCAGGGGAUUCAAAAGGAAGGCUGCAAGAUCCAAGAGCCUCGCGGAAGCUCGGGUGAUGAAGGUCAGGUCUUUAAGAACGAACCUCGAUGCCUGGUCACCCACUGGCGCCGACCUUGAACGCGAGAAGCAGGCAUUGGGGAAUGCUUACACUGAGACAAUCAGGGCCCUCGAGGCACUGGCGAGGGCCUGGCAGGCUUUACAGACAUAUGUUACUAGUGACACGGAGAGGUUGGUCACAGCUUCUAAAGCCCUCCGGCAGCAGAGAGAGAGGGGCCCCGCGGGCAAUGCCGAAGAGGCAUAUUUUCGGGCCUAUUCCAUCUGGAUUCAACUUCCGAGCAAGCAACUUGUCGAUCUCGGAGCCUCUAAAGGAGCCUUUGCUCAAUUGAACUCGGCAGUGCGCGCGAACAGAGCUGCCUCGACGGAUCAAAUCAACUCGACCUCCAUGGAAAUCACAUUUCUAAAAGCAGCACUCGUGAAGACGCAGGUAAAGGUACGGACUUUGCAAUUUCUGAUUGACGAAUACAGAAAGCAGCGUCAGCAGACUCCCAGGUACGCCGUAUCCGAGAACGGACUCGUGUUAAAGCAUAUCAGCGAUUUGCAGCAUCAGCUGUACAACUACCCGAAUAGCCGAAAGCCCACACAGCAUCAAGAGCUGAGCCACCUUCGCCAGAUCGAUGCUGCGCUGGUUCGCGGAGUCAGCCUCGGAACCCAAUUGCAGAAUCUGAUCGGUGGCGGCCAGAACACAGGCGGAGACCAAGACUCUGUAGCCAGCCUCGAGGCCUCGAUCCGCAACCAGGAAACCAAGCAGAGGUCCGAGCUACGCGUUCUCCAGGCCUGGAACGAGCUGUGUACAUUCUGCGCCCAAGUGGGAGCAGAGCACGCGCGGCUCACAAAGAUCUGGGCGGGCCUGGAGAAGAAACGGAGGAAAGAGGACGAGGAGCGCCGCAAGGGCAACGGCGCCCUGUUGAAGAAGAUUGCCUUGCGCUCCAUCGCCGGCAUGUUUGGCUGCUGGGCCGCCCAGUGGGUGUGGUGGGUGGGAUAUGUUCGAGCAUCUGGAGACGAGUGA